AUGGCCAAGCCAGCCAAGACCGAUGCAACCACCCGUCAGCAAAUGAGACGGGAUAACUUCAAAGCAAGUGUUCUGGGCCAAUCAGAAUACAACAUCCCGGUCUUUGUUAUGACAUGCGCCAAAUACACCAAAUACGCCGCAUGGACCCGAAUGAAUGGAAAAUGUUACACCGAAAGUACGGUGGAUGCAAAGGCAAUCUUCGCCUGUUGA